AUGGCUAGGAGCGAAUAUUCGGUGGGCAAGACCUCAGAGCAGACAGUCUACACAGAACCUGACAUCUCUAAUAUGAUCGAGGAUCUUAAAUUUCAAAUCCGUUCUCUAAAAGAUGCGAUUGAAGACCACGAAAAGGACGGAGACAACAGAGUGUACGAGGACAUAGACAGCAGUCGGAGUCGCCGACGGCGCCGGGUGGGCACCGCUAACUACUUAUUAAAGUACAGUAUUGACAUGGGAUUUCACUGGAUGAGGUUCAUACUACAGUCCCACGUUGGUGUCAUAAGCAGACUGACGUGGUUCCUCGUGUUAAUUGUGUGCCUGGCCUUGGUUAGUUAUCAGAUAACAGAUAGAGUUAUGAAAUUCCUCUCCGAUGCCACACACACUAAUAUGGAUUUACAUUACGUGGAGAGCAUGGAGUACCCGACAAUAACAAUAUGCAACUUAAACAAAUACAGAAUUACAGAGGCCAAUAAAACCGAACUGUAUAGUUUUUUACAUGAUGUUGUGCACGGGAAGAAAGACAGGCGAGGAUUAAGUUUUACACAAGCUCUCACAAAAACAUCCCCUUUAAACAAAUCAUACAGUGACUUUAUGAGGCAGAUGUCUCACAGAAAGGAGUGCUUUGUACAUAGUUGCACGUGGGCUGGCAGACCUUGUGGAAUACAAAAUUUUACAGAAAUUUUUACAGACUAUGGAUUGUGUUACAAAUUUUCACCAAGUUCAAGAAAAAUAAAAUCAGGCGGCACCGCUAGUGGGCUAUCCGUUGUGUUGAAUGUAGAGCAGUAUGAAUACUUGUUGGGCCCCCGGUCUGCCGUUGGCGUGAAGUUUGCCAUCCACGAUCCGUCUGAUCACCCUCAACUCUCCACCACUGGCUAUUUCGCGCCAGUUGGUUCGCACUCAUCGGUGUCCAUUACUAAAGUUCAGCACUUUGAUAAAUCCACGGACGGUGACAGAUGGGGAUUGUCACAGUUCCACAACCCUCACCCUGAGGCUCGAUACGCCAAAGGCUGUCUUCAUCGCUGUGAGGCCCAACACUGGGGAAAACGCUGCAAAUGUGGGAUGCCCUGGAUGAUCCGAUACGGCGGAGGUAACCUGACAGAGUGUUCAGCUAACGAGUACUUCCGUUGUAUUGAGCUUACCACAGAUUUCCGGAAAUUACACUCCGCCCUUUUAAAGACCCCAGCGGCGUUUGGUCAGCGAACAGAUACAAAGCAGUCGUGUUCUCUCCAGAAAGUCGUGCUCCUCGGCGCUGUGGCCAAUCAACGUAAUGACUCCCUGUGA